AGGCUACUGCCACUCUACUUCUCCUACUUCUUGCCUACUUCGUCCAUGGCCACUCCCUACGGAAUCUGACCUCUUCCGCAUUUUACCUGUUCAAAAAAGGCGUCACACAAAACACGGCGGCUGUUAGUUGUAGUAAGGGAGGAUCAAAACAAUAACUGUACUCGUGCCGGUAGUUGUGAAAUACUUGUUAUCUAGGACGUAAACAAACGAAACUUGUGACGUGCUGCUUUGAAAUGGCUGAGAGUUGAAAAAAAUUGGAUCGGUAAAGUUAAGUUCUUGUGAGUGAAAGUCUGCAUCUGGGUCCUGUUAAGUCUUAGCUAGCUGACAAUUCACCAUGGGAUGUGUCAGUAGUUCAGAGGGGAAGCGCGAUUGGAAACCGCUGGAGCAACGCAGCUGCACAGACAUUCCAUGGCUCAUCUUAUUCUUUCUGUUUUGUGUCGGCAUGGGGUGCAUAUGUGGCUUCACAGUGUACACCGGGGGAGCUCUCAGGAUCGUCCGGGGUUACGACAGCUACGGUAAUACCUGUGGUAGAAGGAACAGCCCGAUUAAGGGGAUAGAGCUCAGCGGACUGAACAUGACCGAGAACAAGUAUGUGUUUUUCCUCGACCCCUGCAACAUAGACUUCCUAAACAGGAAGAUCAAGUCGUUGGCCCUGUGUGUAUCUAAGUGUCCUGAUGAAGAACUGAAGACAUACUCCGAUGUCAAGCAAUUUUCACUAUCAAAUGGAUCCAACCUAUGUUCGUACGACCUUUCUCCUACGAGAUAUACCAGCAGCUCUGAACGCUACACUAAAUGCCCCAAACUCCCUGUUCCCCCAAGCAAGGCUGUCCGGGUGCUGCACCGCUGCGUUCCCACCGAGCUGAGCUGCUACGCUGAGCUGGCCCAGGCCUUCGUCAGCUUCGUAAACGACAGCAGCGCCAUUCAGAGGGUCAUCGCUGGUGUGCUGGCCAGCAAGGAAAUCAUCCUCGGCCUAUGUCUGCUGGCUCUAGUGCUGUCUGUGAUCCUGAUGGUGGUGAUCCGGUACAUCUCCAAGGUGCUCAUAUGGAUCACAACCAUCCUGGUCAUCCUGGGCGCCGUAGGCGGCACCGGGGUCCUGUGGUGGCUGUACGCCGACCACAGGAAGGCCCUGGACAACGCCACCACGACGGUGUUCGGGAAGGAGGUGGUCGCCGACAACGUCAAAGCCCUGCUGAUCUACGCCAUCAUCUCCACCGUCUUCACGGUGGUGCUGCUGCUGGUCAUCUUCUUCAUGAGGAAGAGGGUAGCGAUGACCAUCGCUCUGUUCCACGUGGCGGGCAAGGUGUUCAUCCACCUGCCACUGCUGGCGCUGCAACCCUUCUGGACCUUCCUGGGCCUCAUGCUCUUCUGGGUGUACUGGAUCUCCGUCUUCCUCUUCCUCGGCAUCUCAGGGACCCCGAUGAAGAGCAACAGCACGGGGCUGGUGGAGUUCCAGAUGAAGCAGCCCUUCCAGUACCUGGUCUGGUACCACGCCGUGGGCCUCAUCUGGAUCAGCGAGUUCAUCCUCGCCUUUCAGCAGAUGACCAUCGCCGGCGCCGUCGUCACCUACUACUUCACGCGGAACAAGUCUGAGAUCCCGGCCCUGCCCAUCGUCUCCUCCACGUGGCGGGCGUUCCGCUACCACCUGGGCACCGUGGCCAAGGGAUCCUUUAUCAUCACUCUGGUCAAGAUCCCCCGCCUCAUCCUCACCUACCUGCACAGCCAGCUCAAAGGAAAGGAAAAUGCGUGUGCACGCUGCAUGCUGAAGGCCUGUGUGUGCUGCCUGUGGUGUUUGGAGAAGUGUCUGGCCUUCCUCAACCAGAACGCAUACACGGCCACCGCCAUCAACAGCACCAACUUCUGCACCUCGGCGCGCGACGCCCUGGGCAUCCUCGUGGAGAACGCCCUGCGCGUGGCCACCAUCAACUCCAUCGGAGACUUCGCCCUCUUCCUGGGAAAGGUGCUGGUAGUGUCGUGCACGGCGUUUGUUGGCGUGCUGUCCCUGAACUACCAGCGGGACUACACGGUGUGGGUGCUGCCCCUCUUCAUCGUGUGCCUGUUCGCCUUCCUGGUGGCCCACUGCUUCCUGUCUGUGUUCGAGAUCGUGGUGGACGUCCUGUUCCUGUGCUUCGCCAUCGAUACCAAGUACAACGACGGCAGCUCGGGGCGAGAGUACUACAUGGACAAGGCCCUGAUGGAAUUUGUGGAGGGCAGCAAGAAGGGGGGCCGGUACAAACCAGCCGACGGAGACCCCCGAGAGAUGAAGAAAAUGAAUAUCUGAGGAAGAGUCCGGCCUUGCCAUGCGAAGCUUUAACGCCAAUUACUGCAAAUUUCUGUUGCAGUUUGUUGUUCUGUUUUUUACACUCCAGGUUUUAAACACUAAUUAAUAACGCACUUUACACAAAAGUGGAACUAAUGUUUGGAGCUUUGAGGACGUUUUUUGUAUUUAGUUGUUUCCCAAAUUGAAAAUAUUGGUUGAUAACCAGUAUCUCUGUUCGCAGUUCAAUGUUCUUCUCAUUCUGUUUUUAGGAAUAAGUAAGUGUAAUAUUUCUUUUUUUCAAAAAGCUAUAUCCAAAAACGUUGUAUUGAUUUCUGGAUGUUCAAGUAAAAUACUAGUUGGCUAAGAAAUCUUUUUUUUCUAUUAAAUAACUCAGGUUUUCUAAAAACAUAGGCUUACCUAUUAAAUCGUUAGCCUAGCCGGUAGCCUUUUAUAUUAAUAGUUGGAAAGGCUAUAUUUCGAUGUAUUUUUUAACAUAUGCCUGUUUUUUAAAGAAUGUUGUAAACCACAUAGACCUGAUUAACAUGCUUUAUAAUCGUGCUUUUCAACAUGAUUAUAGUUGGCUCUGUUAACUUUGUCUUUUUAAAAGUUUGUCAAAGUGCCUUCACGUUGAUCUUUAUCUUAAUAAAAAGUGUGUCAAGCCAAAGA